CUACGUAGUUGCCAGUGUGCAUCACCGUGGACGUAGCGCUAUCGAACACAAGUAGAAAAGCCGCAACAAAAUGCGGCCGUGAGUGCUCUUCACUUUGCUCUGAUCUCCGUCUAUAUCAGCGCCUCCUGGUGAUUGUAGUGUUCGUAGAGAAGAUCUGGAAGUCGACAUUUACAUAUGUCAGUCCCUAAAAUCAUGUAAAUUUAACGAAUAAAACAUAUAUCGUGUUUGUUUCUCUCCGCAGAAACCUGUUCAUUAUUUACAAAGGUCUUACUUGGUAUUUCUAUAAACCCACAACGUAACAAGAUGAUGUCCGAUCGGAAAGCUGAGUUAGAGAGAAAGAAGGCUAAGUUGCAAGCAAUUAGAGAAGAAAAAGAGAGGCGCAGGAGAGAAAAAGAACAGAAAGAUGUAGAAGAAGCGACUGUUCGUGCUGCUGGCACAGACAAGGAUCAGCGCAAGGAGAUAGAUGCAAUGCUGUCUUCCUUAGGUGUAGCACCAGUAUCAGAUGUACUGUCUAGUUUGUCUAGUAUGAGCUCACUAACACCUGAGCAAAGCACCAAUGCUACACCAGAUGCCAGCUUACAACCAUCUAGUAUGAAUUCUGCUCAAAGCGGAGGACGAAGGAAACCUCGGGAGCUUACAAUCGUUUCUGUGGCGCAUACCAAUAUUCCUCCGAAAGAACCGGUUGUCUACAGCAAGCAAACGCAGACCAUUCAGACAACGCAUACAUCUCACGACGGACUGUCCACAUCGUCCUCUGCAUACACCAUCUACUCCUCCUGUUCAACAACAACACCAACUCACUCUUGCUCCGCAGGCUACUUUGAGACUGACUGGUGGCGCCCCAGGAAAGGUGGGUCUGCACCAAACUACCUAUACGAGUACAAUCUAAAUCCUGGUUUAGAAUGGGAGGACGAAUUUACAGCCGAAGACGAAGAAAAUAGCUUGCCGCACAUGGACGGUUUCCAAAGCAAGCUACCGCCGGGAAUUCUUCCUCAUGGAUUACCGCAGGUUAAAGAAGUCCAGCCUGCCGUUACACAGGUAGAGCAAGAGAAAGAGAAAGAGAAGCCCAAAAAAGAAGUGCGAGAGCUUAGCGAAGAAGAAAAGCAAAUGAUUAUUCUGUCGGAGGAUUUCCAACGAUUUAUCGAUCGUACCAGCAGAAUCGUAGAGAGAGCAUUAGGCGAAUCAGUCGAUAUCUACACCGAUUACACCGGUACUAUGGACGGUGAAGAUGGAAUGGAUGAGAAGAGUCACCAGCGGCUCUGGUUAAAUCGCUCGUUCAUGUGCGAGCGAUGGUCCCGUAAUCGUUGUGUAACUUCCAUGGACUGGUCGCCGCAGUUCCCGGAGCUUUUAGCGGCUUCCUACAACAACAACGACGACACUCCGAACGAUCCCGACGGCGUUUGUUUAAUCUGGAACACGAAAUUCAAGAAAACAACCCCGGAGUUUAUUUUCCAUUGUCAAUCGCCCGUUAUGUCCACCACGUUCGCCAGAUUCCAUCCGAAUUUGAUUCUUGGUGGCACUUACUCCGGCCAGAUAGUACUUUGGGACAAUCGAGUUCUGAAGAGAACUCCCAUACAACGUACUCCCUUGUCCGCUACUGCGCACACCCACCCGGUGUAUUGUCUCAGCGUCGUUGGAACGCAAAACGCGCACAAUCUGAUUAGCAUUUCGACGGACGGCAAAUUGUGCUCGUGGAGUUUGGACAUGCUGUCGCAACCGCAAGAAACAUUAGAAUUGCACACCAAGCAAUCGAAAGCGAUUGCUGCCACCUGUUUGGCCUUCCCGCAUGGUGACGUUAACAAUUUCGUCAUGGGGAGCGAGGACGGCACUGUUUACUCAGCUUGUCGACACGGUAGUCGCGCCGGAUUAACAGAAACGUAUGAAGGUCAUCAGGGACCGGUGACUGGCAUUAGCGCGCACGCGGUGCAAGGCGGAAUAGAUUUCUCCCAUUUGUUUUUGACGUCCUCUCUUGACUGGACAAUCAAACUGUGGAGUCUCAAAGAGAAUAAACCGUUGUACUCUUUCGAGCACAAUGGCGAUUACGUAUACGAUGUUGCAUGGUCGCCGACACACCCAGCGUUGUUUGCCGCUGUAGAUGAUUCGGGCAGAUUAGAUCUGUGGAAUCUGAAUCAGGACACAGAGGUUCCUACAGCUAGCGUUAUCGUUGACGGGUGUCCGGCUCUGAACAGAGUGUCGUGGACACCCAGCGGAUUACAUGUCACUGUCGGUGAUGAUACUGGCAAAAUAUGGGUCUAUGAUGUUGCUGAGCAUCUAGCGCAUCCGAGGCUCGACGAGUGGAAUAAGUUCUUGUAUACGCAACAGGAUCUCAAGAAUAACAAAGCAGAUGAAGAACUGGAUAAACUUAAUCUCAGCUCGGGACCGUCAUCGUUAACAUCUAUGACGUCCAUUUCAGUUCCUCUAAGAUAAAAACUAUAAUUCUGUCGACUCAAUUGAUUUUUUCCUGUCUAAGAUAUAAAACUCAUAAUCGCUUUAUAAUGAUUGUUUUUUUAAAGAUUGGUUAAUAGCUUUAGGGUAUGUAUGUUCAUAUAAAAUAUUACAAAUUUUUGAUUAUAUAUAUAUACUCGAUUCAAUGAUGUUUCAAGCUUAUUGAAGAAUUAGCCAGGCAGUUCUCCAUUUAUCAGUGCUAAUAAAAUCUCACUACAUUAAAACAACUUUAAGAAUUUUGAAAUAAAUGGUAAACAGAUUAAUUCUACUGUGUAGAAAUAUACAUAUAUGUCUUUAGCUAAUAAAUAAAAAGAGAUUGAUUAAAUCACAAUACUGAUUACUAUUAAAAAUUGUAAAUAACACUUUGAUGGCAAACAUUUUAAAAUCUUUUGAGAUUUGUUGAAAAAAUGUUACGUAUGUGUUUUUUAUAAUAAUUUAUUGGUAUUGUCAGCAUUUAUGAAAAUACAAUUGUAGAUGUUAUGUCAAUUUAAAACUGAUAAUGACACGCAUAUGAUGUAUAUACAUACGUGUUAUAAAUGCAAUUUUUUUUUUUUUUUUUUUUAUUUUGUAGUAUAACAUACUUAGUAAACUAUACACAUAUGCGUACAUAUGUAUAUGUAUAUAUAUAUAUACACAUGUACACAUACCUGUUGACAUAUUUAUUAAAAUCUCAACUUUUAAAUAGUUUGCUCAUAAUUCAUCAAAUAUCUUUAUUAAACAAUUAUUACGCAUAUUUUAAGCAUAUUUAAGCACAUUUAUUAAG